CUACCUGCAUUUUAACAACCUUGAAAGUUUGGAAGUGGGAACUUUUAAUGACCUCCCCAAGCUGGAAAGACUAUUUUUGAACAACAACCGAAUUUCACAGAUCCAGCCAGGAGCUAUGGCCCAACUCGAAUCUCUCAAACGCCUCCGGCUGGAUUCCAAUGCUUUGCUCUGUGACUGUGACCUGAUGUGGCUGGCAGAGCUGCUGAGGAAAUACACCGUACAGGGCAACACGCAAGCGGCUGCCACUUGUGAGACCCCACCUGAGUUGUUCGGUCGUUCGGUCAUCACCUUGACCACCCGAGAAUUCAACUGUGAGAGUCCUCGCAUCACAACCAAACCGCAAGAUAUCGACGUUACUCUGGGCAACACCGUCUAUUUCAUCUGCCGGGCAGAGGGGAAUCCGAAACCUAAGAUUAUCUGGCUUCACAACAACAACGAGAUUGACAUGAAGGAUGAUGGGCGGCUGAACCUGCUACAAGAUGGCACAUUGAUGAUCCAAGACACUAAAGAAUCUGACAAGGGAAUCUAUCAGUGCCUGGCCAAGAACAUUGUGGGCGAAGCGAAGACCCCUGAGGUUGCCCUGCGCUACUUCGGCGUUCCUUCCAAACCUAGUUUUGUCAUCCAUCCCCAAAACACAGAGGUCCUGGUGGGGGAAAGCGUGACUCUGGAGUGUGGGGUGUCUGGACACCCUCUGCCUCGCGUUGUCUGGAUGCUGAGCUCAGGGUCGCCCCUGCCCCAAAAUCCGCGCUUCAACAUCACCAGCUCGGGCGGCCUCUAUAUCCAAAAUGUCACUUUGUCGGAUGAAGGCAAAUACAGCUGCAAAGCCUCCAACAGGGAAGGAUCGAUUACGGCAACGGCAAACAUCAUCGUGCAAGAUACCCCCAGAUUUUUGAUAGCUCCCAAUGAUCAGACCGCGACUGAGGGUCAAAAUGUGGAUCUGCCCUGCUCUGCGGAUGGACAUCCUCGCCCAGUCAUAUCUUGGACAAAAGAAGGUGGUCCGUUACCAAACAGUUGGAGAUACAGCAUCCUCUCCACGGGAACCCUGCGGAUGGUCGAAGUGUCCCUUCAUGAUCAAGGCCACUAUGAGUGCCAUGCUAUCAAUGCAGUUGGAGCCCAGAGAUUUUCUGCGAGCCUCGAGGUCACCCCACGUGUUAUGCCCGUAUUUCUUCAUCCGCCUCAAGAUACGGUUGCAGAAGUCGGCCAAGACAUUGAGAUCCCUUGUACCGCCCAAGGGAACCCACAGCCAACGAUAACAUGGGCAAAGGACAAGAUUCAGAUCACGGAGAGUGGGAAGUUCCACAUCAGCCAGGAAGGUACUUUAUCCAUCCGAGAUUUGGGGCUGGCAGAUCAAGGACAAUACGAAUGUAUAGCCAGGAGUAGCUCUGGGUUAACUGCCAGGGCCAUGCAGCUAACCAUCAUCGCCACGAACAUCAGAAGGAGCGGAGAUACCUUUGUAGCCACCUCCAUCCAGGAAGCCAUCAGCAGUGUGGAUUUCGCCAUCAAUUCGACACGCACUGAACUGUUCAGCUAUCGCUACAAUGACCUAGUUUCCCCACACUACCUGAACAUGAUUGCCAACUUAUCAGGCUGCUCCGCCCACCGCCGCACCCCCAACUGCUCCGACAUCUGCUUCCACAAGAAGUACAGAACCCAUGAUGGGUCUUGCAAUAACCUCCAGCACCCCAUGUGGGGUGCAUCCCUCACGGCCUUCCAACGGCUACUGAAGCCCGCUUACCAAAACGGCUUCAACCUCCCUCGGGGUUUCUCCUUGGCGGAAGAUUCCAGGGAUCUCCCCCUUCCUCUGCCUCGCUUGGUCUCGACUGCCCUGAUUGGCACGGAAACCAUCACCCCGGAUGACCAGUUCACUCACAUGCUUAUGCAGUGGGGGCAGUUUCUGGAUCACGACUUGGACCAGACAGUGGCCGCGAUCAGCAUGGCGCGUUUCUCGGAUGGGGCGUCAUGCAGUCAAGUGUGCACCAACGAUCCCCCUUGCUUCUCCAUUAUGAUCCCCAAGAAUGACCCCCGGGUACGCCGAGGACAGUGCAUGUUCUUUGUGCGUUCCAGCCCCGUGUGUGGCAGUGGGAUGACCUCCCUGCUGUUGAACUCAGUCUACCCCCGGGAGCAGAUCAACCACCUCACCUCCUUCAUCGAUGCUUCCAAUGUCUAUGGCAGCACCGAACAGGAGUCUCUCGAACUGAGGAAUCUCAGUGACCACAACGGGCUUCUGAAGUCAGGCCAGGCAGCUCUGAGUUCAGGAAAACCCCUCCUGCCUUUUGCCACUGGGCCACCGACUGAGUGCAUGCGGGAUGAAAGUGAAAGUCCCGUGCCGUGUUUCUUGGCUGGGGAUCAUCGGGCCAACGAGCAACUGGGAUUGACUUCCAUGCACACCUUGUGGUUCCGUGAGCAUAAUCGGGUGGCCACGGAGCUCCAGUCUUUGAACCCUCACUGGGAUGGGGACACUACCUAUCAUGAGGCUCGCAAGAUUGUGGGAGCCCUGAUGCAGCACAUCACCUACUCCCACUGGCUUCCCAAGAUCCUUGGAGAAGCUGGGAUGAAGGUCAUGGGAGAUUACAAAGGCUACGAUCCCACCACCAAUGCUGGCAUCUUGAAUGUUUUUGCCACCGCGGCUUUUCGUUUCGGCCACACCCUCAUCCAUCCGCAACUCUACCGAUUGAAUGAAACGUUCAAGCCCAUCCAGCAAGGCCACGUCCCACUUCACAAGGCAUUCUUCUCCCCAUUCAGGAUCACCCAGGAGGGUGGCAUUGAUCCCCUUCUGCGUGGGCUUUUUGGGGUGCCUGGGAAAAUGCGGGUGCCUUCUGAACUCCUCAAUAUGGAGCUGACUGAGAAGCUGUUUUCAAUGGUGCACUCAAUAUCCCUGGACCUGGCAGCCAUCAAUAUCCAGAGAGGACGUGAUCAUGGUAUCCCUCCUUAUAAUGACUUCCGGGUCUUCUGCAACCUCACCUCUGCUCAAGAGUUUGAUGACCUCAGGAAUGAAAUUAAAAAUCUGGAGAUCAGGGAGAAACUCAGGAGUUUAUAUGGAAUUACAAAGAAUAUCGACCUCUUUCCAGCCUUGAUGGUAGAAGAUCUUAUCCCAGGAACCAGAGUAGGGCCAACACUCAUGUGCUUAUUGGUGACCCAGUUCAGAAGACUCCGAGAUGGAGACAGAUUUUGGUAUGAAAACCCAGGUGUGUUCACUUCAGCCCAGCUCACACAAAUCAAGCAGGGGUCCCUGGCCCGCAUCAUCUGUGACAACAGCGACCACAUCCAGCAUCUCCAGAGGGAUGUCUUCCAGGUAGCCUCCUACCCUCAAGGCAUGGUGGACUGCAGUGAAAUUCCUCAGGUGGAUCUGCGCUUGUGGAAAGACUGCUGCGAAGAUUGCAACACAAGGGGUCAAUUAAGGGCUCUCUCGCAGCAGUUCCGAAGCAAAAGAUCAUCCAACUUCAGCUAUCCAGAAGAAAAGCCAUCCAAGGCCAUCUUAGGACAACCAAG